UGCGUUGCAGGGGAAAGCACCAGCCUCUGGCCAGGCCAGGCCAGAGGGGAGCUCAUGGCUUACUCGGCUGCCCCAGCCCCACGAGAUAAUGAAGAGGCGCAAACUCCAGCAGCAAAAGCUGGGCCCGGGGACAUACAACAUCAAGGACUUCCUGCAGGAGACACGGCCCUGCAGCCUCCGGGGGAUCUGCGACACCAGGGAGCAGCGGUUCCGAGACACGCGCAAGGAUUGCACCCCUGGCCCCGGCAUGUACGGGAACCCCUACGCACACCUGGCGGAGAGGGACAAGCGCUCCGCCGGCACACGGGGGCUGAUGGACAGCAGGACGCCCAAGUGUGCCCUGCCAGAAGUCGUGGGCAGUGGCCUGGGACCUGGCACCUACAACCUGCGGAGCAGCAUCGACGAGGUGGUGCGGCGGGCGAGGGCCUCCCGCCCCUGCCAGCCCUCCUUGAGGGACAGGAAAAAGCCUGCUGGUGGUGGCCGUGGUGGCCGUGAUGCCUUGGAGGGGAGAGACACCAAGCGAACCACUAGCACUGUCAAGGGUUUCGUGGAUGAGCUGAUGUUGAAGGAGAACAAGAAGAAAGGCUGCUUCAGCACCCUGCCAAGGAACCCAGCCUGCCCCACGGAGAGGAUCUUCUGGGCCACGCUCAGCCAGUGCCCGAGGGAGGCGUAUGCAGUGGGGCCAGGCUCAUAUGACCCGAAGCCUGUUGAGAGAUCGGUGUGCUCCAGCCAACCUGCAUUCGGGUCAUCUGCCAAGAGGUUUGACAGAAAGUCCUACCGCCUCUUUACUGGGAAUGAGCAGCAUCAGCAGCGUGUUACCUUCUCCUUCCAGAACCCUGUAGGUGUUGGUCGCUACGACAUCACCAGGAAGGAAAAAUACCCUCCGAAGAUGCAGUACCAGUCCCUGUACCGGUGUGAUGCGCAGCGUUACCUGAGCAACUUGCAGCGGGACACCUACUUGCUUGAGCGGCUCAGGCCUGUUGCUGAAAACAAAUGGAGUGGUUUGAUUUCUGCUCCACGUUGUCCAGAUAACUCUGCCCCUGCUGUUUUCCAAACAUAAGAUGGUGCUGGGAAGCCCAAGUCAGCAAGUAAAUGGCAGACAGGUCAGAGGACAUCUCCUGGAUGAAAAUACAGCGUUGCUGUCCUGCAAAGCAAGAAUAACUCAAGUCUUUUUCUAUGGUAAUAAAACACUCCUAGACAA